AUGCGAAUCCGCUUUCCCUUUGCAAUAACCUUCGUCAUCCUCCUCGUCUUCUCCUCCAGUCUAGGCCUGCUCCCACAUUCAUCCCUCCCAUCCACCCCAGCAGCAGCACAACCCUAUAUCCCUUCGCAGUCCGACAAGGCACUACACUUUAUAUGCUUUUUCCUCCUCACCGCGACGUUUUACUUCAUCCUCGACACUUCUCGGCGACGUGUGAUUCAUCUAACCUUGAUCGUAUGCACAUUGCUCCUGGGAGUGGGGAGUGAAAUUGCGCAAGGACUCUUACCAAAUGACCGUGAGUUUGACGCUUGGGAUGUCCUGGCAAAUGUCGUGGGAAGUCUUGCAGCAUUGGGCUUGGCGAGCGCAUAUCAUCGUCGGGCUGCCGAACGGAGAAGAAGAGCGAAAUACUCUGCCCUGACGGGUGACGGCUUGGAAGGUGAAGACCUCGAGCUCGGCGAGGGUGCAAAUGGAACGCUACACUCAUCCGAGCUCGACGUCGACGGAGGCCAAGAGACGGGUGUCACGCCGGCUCGGACGGUGGAGGAAGAGCUGGACAACUGGGAUGAAAACGCUCCAGAUGAUGCGUGGGAUGAAGACGACGACACAACCGCCACCAGUGGACAACAUACUAAAGUGACACCAUCGACGAGCUCGGUUGGGAGCGAGGAACCGCCCAAGAAAGUUGCAGUCGACUAA